CGCGGCGCUCUGCCCCGCCCUCGUGCGCAGGCGCGGAGCCGUUGCUGGCAGAGAGGUUGCGGGCACAGCGGUUUCCAGAGCGGCUUCGACUGGAGAGAGUAGACUGUGCAGGUUCCGAGGCCGACCGGGAGGCUCGGCCAAGCCCGAAGCCCCGGCGUCCGCCUCCUGCGGCGUCCUCGAAUCCGUCGCCAUGAACCCCGCCGUCGUCGUGGUCCACGGUGGCGGAGGCAGCAAUAUCUCCAAGGACCGCAAGGAGCGGGUACGCCAGGGCAUUGUCAAAGCCGCCACCGUGGGUUACAACAUCCUCAAGGAGGGAGGGAGCGCAGUUGACGCUGUGGAAGGAGCCGUGACCGUCCUGGAAGAUGAUCCCGAGUUCAACGCAGGUUGUGGAUCUGUCUUGAACGAAAAUGGUGAAGUUGAAAUGGAUGCAAGUAUCAUGAAUGGGAAAGACCUGUCUGCAGGAGCGGUGUCUGCAGUCCGCUGUGUCGCAAAUCCCAUUAAAGUCGCGCGCCUUGUUAUGGAAAAGACACCCCACUGCUUUCUGACUGACCAAGGUGCAGCAAAAUUUGCAGCAGCCAGCGGGAUUCCAACAAUUCCUGGAGAACAGCUGGUUACAGAAAGAAACAAAAAACGUCUAGAAAACGAAAAGCUUCAGAAAUCAGACUACCAAAAAAACCUGGGGACCGUGGGUGCCGUUGCCGUGGACUGCCGAGGAAAUGUGGCUUAUGCGACCUCCACGGGGGGCGUCGUCAACAAGAUGCUGGGCCGCGUCGGGGACACGCCAUGUAUAGGAUCUGGAGGUUACGCUGACAAUGAUAUUGGAGCCGUUUCAACAACAGGGCACGGAGAGAGCAUCCUGAAGGUGAAUCUGGCCAGACUCACCCUCUUCCACGUGGAACAGGGAAAGACGUUAGAAGAGGCCGCUGACGCGUCGUUGGGUUAUAUGAAGUCCAAGGUCAAAGGUGUAGGUGGUGUCAUCUUGGUCAACAAAGCAGGAGACUGGGCGGUGAAGUGGACCUCCACGUCCAUGCCCUGGGGGGCCGCAAAGGACGGCAAGCUGUACUCUGGAAUUGAUCUUGGCGACACCAGCAUCACUGACCUGCCCUAAGUCCCCAGAAGCUGUAUUCUAGAAGCUAAGACUUAGCUCAAUCAGUUAGAUCUAGAAAUGGAAAAUUCUGCAGUCUGUCCCUCAUUUUGUUGCCUUGAUCAGUGUUUGGUUGGGGACAGAUUCCGAAGUGAUGUGUGACAUGCCCAUGUUAGGAUCAAAUAAGACUAGUGAAGAUGACAAA